CAUAUCCAAGCUGUAAAUGAAUGAAAUGCAGCUCCCAUGCAGCGCUGAGGCUGUAGCUCUGGCAACGGAACUGUGUCAGUGAACUUCAAACAAAGACAGAAUGCUGAGUCUUUAGAACAUUUGAUACUUAAUUCUAAAGUAGACAGUGGAAGAAAUACGAUAAUAAGUAUUUUUUUUUCAACGAUUAAAACAGCAGAGAAUGUGGAGGAAUCCUUCGGAAAGUUUUGCCAAAAUAGACGUGAAAUACUUUGCAAGGCAUAAAGGGGAGGUGAACUCCUGCGUUUUCUCCCCGGACUGCCAGAUACUCCUUACGUGCUCUGACGAUUGCAGGAUUUUUCUGUGGAAUGCCAAAACUGGGCAGCUAUUAGAUAAAGUGUGCGGUCACGCAGGUCCAGUUAAAGCCUGCUGUUUCUCCUCUGACUCUACCCGCUUUGCUAGUGCAUCACAUGACUGCACGGUGAGAGUGUGGCUGACAGCUUCAACACAGUGCCUGCAUGAACUUAAAGGUCACACUAAGAGUGUGGAGACGGUGUGUUUCAGUCCUGACUCCAAGCUGCUCCUCUCCGCGGGCUGGGAUAAAACAGCUAUCUUGUGGGAUUCCCAGACCGGUGAUAUUUUAAGAAGGUUUUCAGGACACGAGGGGGCCAUUCAGUGCAGCGCAUUUCCAUUGAAUUCACAAUAUCUGGUCACAGGUUCAUGGGACUACACUGUUAAGGUAUGGAGCUUACAGGCGGAGGGACAUGUGAAAACAUUAAAGGGACACGCAGGCAACGUUAGCUGUGUUUGCGUCUCUGUAUCAGGGAUGCUGGCGUCCGGGUCCUGGGACAGGACGGUUCGCGUGUGGAACCCCCAGCGGGGAACACUAAUCUUUCUGUUGGAAGGGCACACAGGAUGGGUCAAGAGCCUGUCCUUCUCCAGAGACGGCAUAAUGCUGGCCUCAGCAGGGGAGCACGACAUGGUUAGAGUAUGGGACAUGACAAAAGGAACAUGCCUUAAAUCAUUACAGGAGCAAAUGGAUUUGGCACAGCGGUGUGUGUUCUCCCCUUGUGGGACUCUAUUGACAAGUGGAGUGGCCAAUUCCACCUUCAAAACAGACAGCAGCACAGAGGACCAAGCAAGAGACACAGAUCAAUAACACUGCAACCCAACCAAUGGGCCUUCAUUGAAACAUCGACUCCUGCCAUUUCUGUGAAGGAUAUGCUCACCAGUAAAGCGUUCUGCAUUUCAAAUCAAGGACACAGUACGUUUGCUUCUUUAAAAUUUCCCAGCACUGAAGACACGUUUGACCACCUGUCCCAAUUGCUCCAUGCAUCAUAGACUACCAGUUCUUUCUGGAAUUGUCCAAAAGUACUAUACAGUUUUGAUAUGUGGAGGCAUCCUGAGAACUAAUCAGAUAGGAUCAUAGUAAACUGCACAAUGAAAGGGGGGGGCACUACCUGUAGGGGCACUAGGCUGUGCACAGCGAGUGGGCGUGCCGAGGUCGCCCAGAACCUCCUUUUUUUUUUUUUUUUU